AUGAAAGGAAAUAAUCAAAGCAGUGUUUCUGAGUUCAUUCUCCUGGGGCUUCCUAUACAGAAGGAGGAGCAAGUUACAUACUAUGCCCUGUUCCUGGUCCUGUACCUGACCACAGUGCUGGGGAACCUGCUCAUCAUCCUGCUCAUCAGGCUGGACUCCCGCCUCCACACCCCCAUGUACUUCUUCCUCAGCCACUUGGCUCUCACUGACAUCUCUUUCUCAUCAGUCACAGCUCCAAAGAUGCUCAUGAAUAUGCUGACACAGAGUCAAUCCAUCUCUUAUGCUGGGUGUGUUUCCCAGGGAUUCUUUUUCUUAUUAUUUGGUGGUAUUGACAGCUUACUUCUCACAGCAAUGGCCUUUGACAGGUAUGUCGCCAUCUGCCAUCCCCUUCACUACAACAUUAUCAUGAGUCAGAACCUCUGCUUCCUACUAGUAAUUGUGUCCUGGGUCCUAUCAUCUUUUGAUUCCCUUGUGCACACUCUCCUCUUAGCCCGACUCUCUUUCUACGGAGACAACACUCUCCACCACUUCUACUGUGAGCUCUCUGCAUUACUUAAACUGUCCAGCUCAGACACCACGGUCAAUGAAAUGGUUAUUGUCAUUGUAGGAUCAAUGGUUGUUACUCUACCGUUCAUGUGUAUUCUGGUGUCUUAUGGCCGCAUUGGGGCCACCAUCCUGAGAGCUCCUUCCAUGAAGAGAAUCUACAAAGCCUUAUCCACAUGUGGUUCUCAUCUCUCUGUGGUUACUCUCUACUAUGGAGCAAUUAUUGGUCUCUAUUUUGUCCCCUCAUCCAGUAACACUAAUGACAAGGAUAUCAUUGUGGCUGCUGUGUACAGUCUGGUCACACCCAUGCUGAAUCCCUUUAUCUACAGUCUGAGGAAUCGGACUAUGAAAAGCGCUCUGGGAAAUUUGCUUAGUAGAGGAAAUUUUUCAGUGUGA